AUGGCAAGAGGUACACCCGCAAUCGGUAAAAGACACUAAAAGACUCAUACAUUUUGCAAGAGAUGUGGUAGAUAAACAUUCCACAUUCAAAAAAAUAGAUGUGCUUCAUGUGGAUAUCCAGCUGCAAGAUUAAGACUUUACAGCGGAUGGGGAGAAAAAGUUGCUAGACGUAGAUCAACAGGAACAGGAAGAAUGAGAUAUUUGAAAUCUAUAGCUAGAAGAGCAAAGAAUGGUUUCAGAGCAGGAACUUAAGCAUAACCAAAAGUCAAGAAUACUUAGAAAAAAUGAUUAUCAUGUUUUUUUAUUAAUAGUACAUUAGUUUUCACAUCAAUUCUUUU